CGCCUGGGCAGCAGUUGAACGACAACAAGUCUGAUCACAUCCAUAAACUAAAGGAUAUUCAGCAAUUCAGGGAGGUUGUAAGCAACAUCACAGCAAUGCUUCGUCGAGACAGUAUGAAAGUUGUUUUCGUCGGACAUACAUCAAAUGGGAAAUCAACGGUCAUCAAUAGUAUGCUGGGGCAGAAGGUGCUGCCAAUGGGAAUAGGCCACACCACCAGCUGUUUCUGCAGUGUAACAGGUACAGACGAAGAACCCUACAUCAUAUUGGGCCACGAACCCAAGGCGAAGAAUAGCAACUCUAUAAGGUUGAAUCGGGUGCAACGAUCAGACUCGCCCCCAAGCCCGCCACCCGAAAAGCGUAUGGCCAUAGAUAAUGUGAAGACCGUUGCCAAUGCGCUGUGUCCUGAGUCCGAUCAUGAUGCGUAUCAGUUUGUGCGGGUAUUCUGGGAUAAACGAAAAUGCAACCUGCUCGGCGAUGGUGUCUUAUUUGUUGACACUCCAGGUCUAGACAUCGACGAAAACUAUGAUAACUGGAUUGACAAAUUUUGUAUGGAUGCUGAUGUCUUUGUGCUGGUUGCUAACGGAGAAUCGACUAUCAAACACACGGAAAUGAAUUUCUUCACGAAAGUCGCCGAAAAGCUAUCGCGACCGAAUGUGUUUAUUCUUUUCAAUCGAUGGGAUGGGUCUGAUAUGGAGGACGAUGUUACGCCUGUACAAGAGCAGCACAAAGACCGGGUACGCUCGUUCUUCAAGAAAGAACUGCAGCAGGACGCGAACAUUAUAGAUAAACGCGUAUUCUUUGUGUCCGGGAAGGAGGUCCUGACGCACAGGACUAAGCCAGAUAAGAGUGUAGUAAAGGAAUCUAACCCCAGCCCAAUGGGCCGAUACAACGAGUUCGAACGGUUCGAACACGAAUUCGAACAGUGUAUCUCCUUGUCUGCCAUACAGACAAAGUUUGAGGGUCACGUGGUGCGAGGAUCUGACAUUGUGGUGAAGCUGAGCGAAUGGGUGAAGAGAGUGACCUACACGGUUAAGCUACAGCGGAGGGAGUGUGUGUCGAGGCUGGCUGUCCGCAAAAAACAAAUUGAAGCGUUGGAUAAUCAAAAGGAGGCAUCUGUUAGAAGAUGCGAGCAAAUCAUUUCCGCGAUGACUCGUGAUAUUUCCGAUAUGUUCGACAAAGAGCUCAAGACGGUGCUUGAUCACAACCUCGCACGCAUAGUCAAGCGAUUCGACUACGCAAUAUUCAGGCCACACAAUAUGGUAUCGUACAAGAAGCGACUCUAUGAGUACUUGUGCACAGAGUUGCUCAUGGAAUUAGAGCAAGUGUGUACUGAGACUCUCAACAAGAGGUAUACCGAAGCCAUACGCGACAUGGAGGAGGAAAUGAGCAGCAUGGUAAGCUCUGGACUGAACAGUGGGUUGGGUGUGAGCAACAUGAGCCUGCAGUCGCAGGCGCGGCUGAAUGAGGAAAGUAGAGCAGGGAACGGUGAGUCUUCCAGCAGUGGGUAUGAGCAACAACAGGCUACCACCAGCUCAAACGGCUACUCUGGUACUAAUUCAGCACUAAACCUGAGCGAGAGAGACAGUGCCACUCGUCACGAAAACGAAGCGACCCUUGCGGCACCCCCGGGUGUGGUGCGUGUGCUGGAAGGGGUGUUCACCACUGAAGUGAUGUCCGGGUUUAAUGAAGAUAUCGACUUCUACUUCUCACUAGGGUGGCGUUCGAUCGGCCCGCGCUUACUGGGUUACAGCACGUUUAGGGCAGUAGACUCGCUGUUCAUGGGCUCUGGGCCGCAGGCGGGGGGCGCUGCGAAUGGUCACGCAGCACCUAGCGGUGUUGGGUUGUCCAGCACCGAGAUGACUGUGGGGGGAGUGGCAGUCAUUGUGCCACUUGUGAGCCAACUGACUAUGUCGAGUAUCAUCACAUGCGCAACACUGAGCUUCACAGUCCUGUCUAAGCCCAGUGUGUGGAAGGCGGUGGGUGUGGCAACAGGGGCGUAUACGUUGCUGUAUACUGUGGAGUUCAUGACGUACACUAACUCAGCGCGAGAACGGCGCCUGAAACAGCAGGUAAUUGAUUAUGCCUACGAUAAGUUCUUGAGUAAUGCGAGCUAUUCGACAUCAAAUGUGGCCCAGCACUAUAAGGUAGGGGCGAGGAUAGUGCUGGAUGAUCUGAAAUGUCAGAUAAAUGAGCACAAGAGCACCAUGUUCAAGGAGAAGGGCAUUCUUGAAAAGGCUAUGCAGACACUGGCAAAGCUGGUCAACGGGGGGGAUAGCGUCGUCGCGCACUCGGACGAGAUUGUGAAAGCAUUUGAAGAGUACUCGCAACGGUUUAUCGCGGAUGUAUAAACCCCCCGCGAGAAGCUGUAUCCGUGAAUAUGUCGACAUGUGGUGUUACACUUGCUGGAAAUAGGCUCAGCGAGGGUAUUUAAAUGUCUAAUGUAUACCCUAGUAAUCAGCGCAACGGGAAGGGCGCAAAGAACCAAAUGCCUUCACGUAUAGCACACGUGUAUGUGCAUAUGCUUAUCGGCUAAUAGGAAUUCUGCGUGCACAUUGCUGGUCAGGCAUACUUCAUAUAUAUAUAUAUAUAUAUAUAUAUAUAUAUAUAUAAUAAAUAAGAGCAUGUGUGGAGCGAUUGUUAAUUAAAGUGCCACGAUUGUGAGGGAGAGGCUUUCAGAAAUAGAUAUACGCUCUCAUCAAAAGUAGCACAAUUAACCGGCACAGGAAUUUCACCGCGAUAUCAGUGGUACAUUCUACGGAGACGGAGACAAACUUGUCAGAUCAGGGGUAUGGAUAGCGCGCUGGCCUGCUAUUGGCCUUUAUUAGUCUAUUUACAUGCUGAUGGCUGAACUUUAGUGGGUUUUCUAGUGCUGGGGAUUGUCUGAGCAUAUUUACUGUAGUCUAUAUGCACACCCCGGGUGCUUCUUUUCUGCAACUUCGUAGUCCAACUGAAUUGUAGGAAGCAACGAACUUAGACUAGUUCAAGUAAAACAGGAAUAUUAGUUACCACGUUG